AUGAGUUCAACUCGUGGGCGAUUAUUUCAUGCUCAGUGCCAGUGGAUCGCGUUAAAGAGUUUCUCAGAUCCAAAUCAACACUUCUUGAUUGAAGCCGUGAACGGAAAAGAUAUUUCCGGCUACGCGGACAAUCCAACUGAAAGUGAAGUAAUUCUUUGUCCGGGUACACGACUUCGUGUUGUCAAUGAUCCUCUUGAUCAAGCGCCAAUGCGUGUAGUUCAUUUACAAGAAAUUACCGAUGAAGCUGAAGACCAACUUACAAGUGGUUUCGACGAGAUCUCAGCAGCAUCAUCCUUCGAAACGAAAUCGAUUUUAACAACAGCAACAGCGAAAUCGUCUGACAUGAAAACUGUCACAGAUCCAUGGAAUAAUAUAUAUGAGAAAAACAUUCAAAUAUUGUAA